AUGUCUAAACUAGUGAUGAUCACCACCGUACUUCUCACCCUGACCAUCCUUUCAACAGUGUCAGCAAAGAAAUCACAACCCUCGGCUCCGGUGGCAGCACCAGCAGCAGCACCUGUUUCAGGGGAUCUUGCUCCGGCAGCCUCUGGGCCAACAGCAGGAAAUGAUUGUACAACUCCAUUGCUUAACAUGACUGAUUGCUUGGGGUAUGUAACACAAGGAAGUAACUUGACCGUUCCUGACAAGAAUUGCUGCCCUGAGCUUGCUGGGUUGAUAGAUAGCAACGUCGUAUGUUUGUGUCAGUUGCUUGGUGGUAAUAUUUCUAAGCAAUAUGGGAUCUCUCUUGACUUUGGUAGAGCCCUCAAGCUUCCUGCAAUUUGCAAGAUUGAUACUCCUUCAGUCUCCUUGUGCUCAGCUGUGGGAUACCCAGUAGGAGCACCAGCGAGUGGUCCAUCAGGCUCAACAACGCCAGUUGCUGGGUCACCAGAAGGAUUGGCUGCAAGUCCAUCAACUGGAAAAGACAAGGGUGCUGCUGCUUCAAGCACUGCAGGAUCAACUUAUGCAAUCUUUGGUGUGUAA